CGUCCUUCUUCGCAAUCAAACGACAUUUUCCUGCGCCGUGUGCUGGCAGCGCUGUUUGGAGAAGGUAGCAUCAUGGCGUCUGGAGCAGGAGAGUCGUCCGGUGGACACGAUGCAGAAUUGGACGAAUUAUUGGACAGUGCGCUUGAUGACUUUGACAAAGCAGCUGCACCUCCAGCACCUGAAACUGCAGCUGCUUCCUCUUCAGCCAGCGGCGGUGCAGAGAAGCCACCCCUGCUUGAAGACUGCAAGCUCUUUGAGACUCUCUUUGAGGGGGACAUGGCUACUCAAGCCAGGGAGGAGUGGGAGAAAGCCAUGACGGAGCUGGCCCAGGAGGAGCCAGAGCUGCUGCAGCACUUCCAAAAACUGUCAGAGGCCGCAGGCAAAGUUGGUACUGACACUGCCUCCCAGCAAGAAUUCACUUCUUGUCUUAAAGACACUCUCCGUGGCCUGGCCAAAAAUGCAGACAACCUGCAGACUACAGGACUUGCUGGAGACGACCUUGUCAAGGCUCUGGAAGGCCUGGGGUUGGAGGAGGGAGCUGAUGGAAGUGGUGAGGAGGGAAACAUCCUUCCCAUCAUGCAGUCCAUCAUGCAGAAUCUUCUCUCUAAGGAAGUGCUUUAUCCAUCUCUCAAAGAGAUAACUACCAAGUACCCAGAGUGGCUGGAAGCCAACAAGCCAAGCCUAAGUUCAGAAGACUACCAGCGCUACGAGCAACAGGCCAAGAUCAUGGGAGAGAUUUGUCAGCUGUUUGAGAAGGAGGAGGAGGGAGCUGCAGAUAAAGACAGCACGUUUGAGAGCAUCAUGGACCUGAUGCAGAAGCUUCAGGAACUUGGCCAGCCCCCCAAAGAGUUAGCAGGCGAUGCGCCUCCGGGGUUUAACUUUGACAUGGAGUCCCUCAACCUCCCAGGAGGCCCCGGGGCCGGUGCAGCAGAACAGUGCUCCAUCAUGUGAUGAGGUGGCGUCGUAGUCCAUCAGGAACAGCGGAAGGUCACUCUUAGUGUGUCGGCUGCAGGAAGGGUUGACUGAAGCAAAGGUCAGGCAGGAGUGUGACCGAACCGUCGAUACUGUUCUCCCUCAAAAGACGAAGAAAAAGGAACAUAAACAACAGGAGGCGGCACAAAAGCACCAACAGGAACCACACACAAACACUCUCUUCUCUGUAAAAUCACUGAGCAUUUGAACAUCUUUGUAUUAGUUUGUCAGUGGCUGCCAUAGAUUCCUUCACGGUUUAAUUUUAACAGAAUUUCUACAAGAAUUAAAAUCACACUGCUGUUUUUUUAAAUUCUGUUUAGCCUAAUGGUGAAAUCUAUCAAGUGACUUCACGGGUAUGAGCAGUGCCUUUGCAAAAUAACUUUGAGCUAUGGUUUUAGGUCUCAUCAUAAUUCUGCUAUCGUUCAACUGAGCACUUCAGAUUAUAGUUAGAAAAUAGUUUGCAAAUUCAUCCCAGGUUUGUACCAAGUAAGUGAUCGUUAUUUUGGUAUUUUACUAAACCUAAAAACUGUACAGGACUGAGCUUAGCACGUGGACUAAUAAUAUGCAAGAAAACAGGAUAAAGUGUGUGUACAUUUGUUAAUUAUUUAAAGAAUUAAAAAGACGACAGAGGAGUUAACGCCUCACAAAAGAUUCCCAACAGCAACUCAGCCAGCUAAGUUUAACAAGAGCCAUUCCCUGUGUGUUAUUCCCCAUUCCUGAGUAUUGAUUUGAAGUGAUUGAGAUGAUGAUUCCCGGAUGCCUUUGCUGUGGUUACAGUGAUCAUUAUAGUGUAGUUACUGUGCAAAGUGCUUCACCUGUGAUUCCCAGUGUUUUUAAUGUGCAGAGUGAUGUUUUCUUUGGGUAUGGGGUCCCUGCGAGGAAAGAAAAACACCCAAGUGAUAAUUUGGAGUGUUUAUCUUCUGAUAGCGUGAGCGUAUGUCCAUUAAAAGUACAUCAUGUUUCCAGAAGCGGGCAGAGUAGUAAACAUCACAUGAGGAGGAAAACAUGCCAAUAAUUCAUGCAGGUACUCUGCUGGAGAAGACAUCAACAGCCUGAUGUUAGCACUUUUUUGGCGGUGGUUGCUGGGUUUGUUUACCCCAGUGGACAAACGGUUACCUCUGUAACUACAGAGAAAGGUCUAGAAAUCACACAAGCGUCAGCCCAUCAAUAACUGUAUGAUACAGGGGUACUGUGAAAGGACUCGGUCAGCCAUGCACUGAACAGAGAUCAGAUUUACAUGAAACACAGCCGAGGCUGCUGUGGGGGUUUAUAAAGACUCGUGGUUUUCAUCACGGGGUCCGAUCUAUUCAACUCUCAGGGCUGAUGAAAAUGUGUCCACGGCACUGUUAAAAAAAUGCAACCUGUUAUUUGACACUAUUUAGUUUUGUAAAUAUAUGAAAUUAAAUAAUGAUGCAAUGCCAUA